AUGCCAAAAGAGCGGUAUAAGCCUGAGGCUCUUCAAGCAGCAUUGAAUGAUGUAAAAAAUGGAUUGCUAUCGAAAAAAGCGGCUUCAAAGAAAUAUGGAAUUCCUCGUGCGACAAUCCAGUUCCGAUUAAGCUCAAAGUUUACUAGGGCUGAGCGAGGCCCCCCGCCAAUAUUAAGCAAAGAAGAGGAAGAUCUGCUUGAAAAAUGGAUAAUCGAUUGCAGUAAAAAAGGAUUUCCGAGAAGAAAAGAAGAUAUUCAGCUGAGUGUGCAGGAAUUUUUGACUCAGAACAAUAGACCAAACCCGUUUAAAGAAAGCCUACCUGGUAUUGGUUGGUAUCAGGCCUUCCUUCGUCGCCACCCUAAAAUUACACAACGUACCGCAGAAGCAGUCACGGCAGCUAGUACUUGUGUAAGUGAAAUGGACAUUAAGAAUUGGUUCAGCAAUAUUGAGAGUGUUCUCAGCGAAGAAAAUGUUUUGGACAUUUUAAAAAACCCGGACAGAAUAUUCAAUGGAGACGAAACAAAUUUUCAAAUGUGCCCGAAAAAUUCAAAGGUUUUAGCUCCACUUGGUUCCAAAAAUGUAUACGAAAUAGACAAAGGAAAGGCGAAGUCUGCGGUUACUGCUAUGUUUACAUUUUCAGCGUCUGGUAAAGUUGUUCCACCUAUGCUUAUCUAUCCCUACCAACGGUUGCCAUCUGCUAUUGUUAUUCUGUCCCAGACGAUUGGGGCAUCGGCCACAGUGAUAAUGGCUGGAUGA